AUGCCGUCCCAGCCAACGACGGCGGGGAUCAUCACUGAUGCCAGCGGCGAGCGGCAGAUCCCAGAAUCGACACGAGCUGAUGGCAGCACUCGACGAGCCAUCAAGAUCCGGCCAGGCUAUCGGCCGCCUGAGGACGUGGAGCUGUACAAGAACCGCACGGCCGAGAGCUUCCGCAACCGGAACAAGGGCGGCGUGCCGGGGGCCGAGGGAUUGGUCGACGAGGCUAAGACGGCCGCCAGUGCUGCCGCCAACAAGAACGCGAAGCGUAGGGAAGCCAGGAAGAAGGCGGCCGGAGCAGAUGAUGCAACAGGAUCUACUGCUGCAGCAGCUGCUGCUGCUUCUUCUACCCCUUCUGCGGCCACUCCUCCUGUUCCCCCUAUCGACCCAGCAGCUGAGCGCGAAAAGAAGCUGCGCGGACUCAAGAAGAAGCUCAAGCAAGCCAGGGAGCUCAAGAACAAGCGCGAUGACGGCGAGGCGUUGCUGCCGGAACAGAUUGCAAAAGUCAUCCGCAUCAGCGAGCUGAUCCGUGAGCUCGACGCACUCGGCUUUGACUCCGAUGGCGAGCCCAAGGCCGAGAUAGCAGCCGCUGAUGCCAAGGCAGCUUGA